CAAAAGAGCAUUAAAAUGGACAAAAAUCAGUGUUCAAUCAAAUCUUAUAAUUCCCCCAUCUUACACGGCUCUCUUAACACAGCUCUUCGAAUCAUAAACCAAAACCUCAGUCUUCGUCUUUGUCCUUUGCUGUAUUUUAAGGCAUCCUUCUUCCUCUUCACUCCACGUCAAAACUACUUCUUCAUUGCAAAAGAACAAAAAAAAAAAAAGAGAAGAAAUCUUGCCUACCUGUCUUCUAAAAUUCAAGAUUUUAGCUUUUCUUCUCUCUUACUCUUCUGCUUGGUUGCCAAGAAAAAACUCUGUGAAAGCAAGAUGGGUUUUUCAAGGAAAGAGUACGAGUUCUUGAGUGAGAUCGGGUUGAGUUCUAGUAAUUUGGGAUGUUUUGUGAAUGGCACCUGGAAAGGAAGUGGCCCUGUGGUUUCUACUGUGAAUCCCGCUAAUAAUCAGAAAAUUGCCGAAGUUAGGGAGUCUUCCAUCCAAGAUUACGAGGAAGGCGUGCAAGCUUGCAGUGAAGCAGCGAAGAUGUGGAUGCAAGUUCCAGCCCCUAAGAGAGGUGAAAUAGUUCGGCAAAUAGGUGAUGCAUUACGAACCAAACUACAGCAACUUGGCCGGCUUGUCUCACUUGAGAUGGGAAAAAUUCUUCCUGAAGGAAUUGGGGAAGUUCAAGAAAUCAUUGACAUGUGUGACUUUGCUGUGGCGUUAAGCCGGCAAUUGAAUGGAUCAAUAAUACCUUCAGAACGCCCAAAUCACAUGAUGCUGGAGAUGUGGAAUCCUCUUGGAAUAGUUGGUGUAAUUACAGCAUUUAACUUCCCAUGUGCUGUUCUUGGAUGGAAUGCCUGCAUUGCGCUCGUGUGUGGAAACUGUGUUGUUUGGAAAGGUGCUCCAACCACUCCUUUGGUCACCAUAGCAAUGACAAAGAUAGUGGCUGGAGUUUUGGAAAAGAAUAACUUACCAGGUGCAAUUUUCACGUCAUUAUGUGGUGGUGUUGAAAUUGGCGAAGCAAUGGCAAAAGAUAGGCGCAUUCCUCUAGUUUCCUUCACUGGGAGUUCAAAGGUGGGUUUAAAGGUGCAACAAACAGUAAAUGAGAGAUAUGGUAAAUGCUUGCUUGAACUAAGUGGAAACAAUGCAAUAGUUAUCAUGGAUGAUGCCGACAUACAGUUAGCUGUUUGCUCUGUACUAUUUGCUGCUGUUGGUACUGCUGGUCAGCGCUGUACCACAUGCCGUAGACUGCUUCUUCAUGAAAGUAUAUAUCAGACGGUACUUGACCAGCUACUUGAUGUGUACAAACAAGUUAAAAUAGGGGACCCAUUGGAAAAGGGUACCUUGCUUGGGCCUUUGCAUACUUCUUCUUCGAGGGAGAACUUUGAGAAAGGAAUAGAGAUAAUCAAGUCACAGGGAGGGAAGAUUCUAACUGGUGGUGAUCUGAUAGAGUCUGAGGGGAACUUUGUGCAGCCAACAAUUGUUGAGAUUUCUCCAAUUGCCGAUGUUGUUAAAGAAGAGUUGUUUGCUCCUGUUCUUUAUGUCAUGAAAUUUAAGACUUUGAAAGAAGCUAUUGAAAUAAACAACUCUGUUCCUCAAGGAUUGAGCAGUUCUAUAUUCACUCGUAAACCUGAAGUCAUCUUCAAAUGGAUUGGGCCUCAAGGAAGUGACUGUGGUAUUGUUAAUGUGAACAUGCCAACCAAUGGGGCUGAAAUAGGUGGUGCUUUUGGUGGUGAAAAGGCUACAGGAGGAGGCCGUGAAGCUGGAAGCGACUGUUGGAAGCAAUAUAUGCGACGCUCCACCUGCACAAUAAAUUACGGGAACGAGUUACCUCUGGCACAAGGAGUCAAUUUCGGCUAGGAAUGCCACAUGGUUAAAGCGGUCAGGCCUAAGGAACCAGUUUUACAUGUCCUGCAAAAUCAACAGUGCCGGCCUUGUUGCUUUGGUUCGUUGAUUUGCCAGAGCUCUUUUAUUCUCUAGACUGGCAUCUGGUCUACAUAAUUGUGGCCUAAAAACAUUGGAUAAUAACAUAGAAUAAAAGGAAAAGGAAAAAGGCACAAUGUUCGUAUGCCUUGCAAUAAAGAAAUCAAUGAAGUUAGAGAACAAUCUCGUCUUUUUUUAAAUCUGCAGAUUUAGUUUACCUGCUGUAUACUUACAAAAUAAUUAUCAAAGAACAGUGUUGAAUAGGCAUUGUAUUUUUUUUUUUUCUUUUUCAUUUUUUUCACUUCAUAUUGCAUAUUUUGCUCAUGUUUUUUCUAUCCAUUGUACCUUUCCCUUAUUGAUUCAUUACUUAUGCAUUCACAAUGCUAAAAAGGUUUAUCUUAAUCUAAAGUUGUGUUUGUUAGUAAAAGAAAAGACGUCAUAUUUAAUUCAAUAAUUAUUUUUUAAUUUUUUUCCUCUUUCCUUAUUGAAUGAAGCAUAAACAACU